AUGAUGAUGUCCCCGAAUAGUACUGCGCUGGCCCAGAGGGCAGGACCCCUGGGGGGAGCCCCACCAUCCCCCUGUGUGGCCGGGGUCUUCCCUAUCAUCUACUACAGCAUCCUGCUGGGCCUGGGGAUGCCAGUCAACAUACUGACCGCCGCCGCUCUGGCCCGCCUCGCCGCCAGGACCCAGAAGGCCUCCUACCGCUACCUGCUGGCCCUGACCGGGGCCGACAUCCUGACGCAGGUGGUCAUCGUCUUCGCGGGCUUCCUGCUGCAGGCUGCGGUGCUGGCCCGUCGGGUCCCCCAGGCCGUGGUCCACGCGGCCAACGUGCUGGAGUUCGCCACCAACCACGCCUCCAUCUGGGUGGCUGUGCUGCUCGCCCUGGACCGCUACUCUGCCCUGUGCCAGCCCCUACGGCACCGGGCCUCCUCCUCCCCCGGCCGCACCCGCAGGGCCAUCGCCGCCGUAUUCGCCGCCGCCCUGCUCACCGGCAUCCCCUUCUACUGGUGGCUCGACGUCUGGAGGGACGCGGAUCCCCCAGACACGCUGGACACCGUGCUCAAGUGGGCCCACUGCCUCACCAUCUAUUUCAUCCCCUGCGGCAUCUUCCUGGUCACCAACUCCGUCAUCGUCCACCGGCUGAGGCGGCGGGGGCGGCCCCGCCUGGGCAGGACCACUGCCAUCUUGCUGGGCGUCACGACGCUCUUUGCCAUCCUCUGGGCCCCCCGGACGGUCGUCAUGCUCUGUCACCUCUACGUGGCCUCGGUCAACAAGGACUGGCGAGUCCACCUGGCCCUGGACCUGGCCAACAUGGUGGCCAUGCUCAACACCGUCAUCAACUUCUUCCUCUACUGCUUCAUCAGCAAGACCUUCCGGGCCACCGUCCGUGAACUCCUCCACUCCUCCCGGCUCCCAGGCCCCACGGCCCACGCGAGGAGCUCAGCUGAUUCAGUGCUUAAGCCAAUGAGACUCCCCAAGGGGGCGUCCCUAUAA